AAAGUUUCAUUUGCUAUGAUAUGGCGAGACCACGUGCGUGAUUUUGACGCAUUUGAUACGCUUCUAACGCUAAUACUAACGCUACUAUUAGCGGUAAUACGCACCAGUUGCUUCAGCCCCUUUUCUUGUAUUCUGCUGUCUCUAACACUACUCGCACCGUCAUUAAUUCUCACUUACUCUAGGGUGAAAGCUUACCAAUAUGACGAAGCUGGUAACCAGAUUGCCACGCACUUCGUCCACCCUUCGCCCAUUCAUCGUUACACCCCUUGCCACGUUGCUAAUGCUUGUCGUACUAUCACUGCUCCAAACCGUUAGGGUCACUUUCGGCUAUAGUCACACUCCCUUCCACUGGCACCACCGCCACCGCGGCGUCGAGCCAGGCUUCAACCGACUGGCGGAGGCCCGCGCCGCGGGUGACGUGGAGGACACGUGGGACGUCCUUGCGGGAACGCCGCUGCCGGCGGGAAUGGGGCGACUGCAUAGAGAAGAGGGGGAGACGGGGGAGCAGGAGGGGAAGGAGGAGGGGACGGGGGAGGGAAAGGGGGUGGGGGAAGGAAAAAAGGAGAGGGAGAGAGAAGCGAGAGUAAGAGGGCAGUUGACUGAUGGGUCAAAAGAGAUACUACUGACAGGUGGAGAUGUGACUGUAACGGGAGCUGACGACGGGAGCAGUGGUGCAGAUGGGGUUGGGAACGGUGGGAACGUCGGGAGUGGGAGGGAGUGGGUAGGCUACAAACGCGUACACAGACAGGUUGGGAGAUGGUACAGUGGCGAAUCUCGGAACAGUGGCUCGAUAGCUAUCAGUGGUAGGAAAGAGAACAAUGUAGCCAGUCUCCCUUCGCUGCAAUCACAUUCGGAAAGAACCGGUGCAGCAGCAAUAGCAGCAGCAGAAGCAGCGGCAGAAGCAGAAGCAACAGCAGUCGUGGACACAGGAACAGCAGGGGUCAAAGCGUCCACGUCAGGGCCACCCUUUUCCACGCCAGCAGCGGCUGGAACAGUCGGGAAAUGCUCCCCAGUGAAGACAGCUGUCCGAAUCGCGGUGACCAAACCGGCGGAUAUUCUGCAGCGAACGAAGCACGACCCGACGAAAACCGUCGUGCUGACGCUGCAGAAUAGCAUCGUGCUUACCAAAGGAAUUCUCUUUGGUAAGCUUUUCUCCUGUACGAUUUUUCAAUCCGCUAAGUUUGGCGCUUAUACGGUCUCGUAUCCAGGGGACAAUCAGCCGGCGAUUAGGGUGUACAACACCAGCAACGUGCUAAUUAUGGGGAUAAACUUCGUGGUCAAGACCAAGUUCGAAUCUCCCGCCUGCCCGCUCGAGAUGCCCGAGCUGGGAAAAGGCGUCAUCUGCCCGACCGUCUGGGUGUACGGAUCGUACGGCGUGCAGAUCGCCAAGGGAUACGUGUACGGUCGGAUCGACGUGUACCGAUCUAUGAAGUCGCGAAUCGACAGCAUGAAAGUAACCGGCGUGUGGGAUUUCGCGAAGAGCAACGGCGUGCUAAGAGUCGGGAUCAGCGGGAUCGGAACGCAGCUGGUAAAAUCGGGAAUCGCGGUUUCGAAUAAUGUUGUUUUCGGAGCGGAUACCCCGCUGGUGGUGUAUAACGGAGCCGUGGGAGUUAAGGUUGUGCAUAACUACGUGCAUACUUACGGCUUUGCGGGGAUUAGGUGCGGCGCAGACGUGCGCAAUCAAGGGGACUGCAUGUUAGGGUUCAUAGGAUAUAACUACGUGUAUAGUAGGCUGAGGAAUAUGACUGGAGCGGCGGAUUCGGCGGGGAUAUACUACUGCACGCAUUGGUUUAACCCAGGUAACAGGGCUCGGUGUAACUAUGUGAAAGGGGGCGACCACUGUUACUACUUGGAUUACAACACUUCGGGAGUGAAGGUGCUGGGCGGAGUGUGCUACGACAAUUGGGAUGGGCUCAAAGUGAACAACGGGAAAUACAACUACCUCAAACACGUGUUGGUGGUUAACGCACUCAAGGCCCCUGGCUGGUGCACCUGUCUCACCCCUACUGUCAACAACUGCAACAAGUUUCCUGGAAACUACUGGGAGAACAUGCGGCUCAAGUACUACAACACACCCACAUUCAACACACGCUGGCCCUGGUUCACUACAGUGUGCAACACGACUCAUGUAAACGGAGUGUACUGUAACAUGAAGGGGAACAUUUCCAACCCUUAUCUUCCCUGGGAGACCGGCAAGUGCAGCGGAUUGGCUACUAACAACUACCUCGAUAUAAUAAUAGUCAACGGGAGCAACAAGCCGAUGGAGUAUCGCUAUUGCGAGCGAUCGCCCGCGAUGCCGCUUUUGAACCAGCAUUAUUUCGUCAACGUCACAUUACAGGACGUGCCAAAGCUACAGUUCAAGAACUGGAGAGCGGGCAAUUUUGAAGUGCCUAAAACGUCGCUUAUCUAUAAGCGCCGGCCCAGGUUCAUUAACUGCAAGCAGCAGCAGUAUGGGCCAAGGAAGGUGGAUAAUAGUUUCUACAUGAAGAAUUUCAACAUCCCAAAGCCAGUAUGGAUGGAUGCGCUACUUGCUAUGAGAACUCUUCACAUACACGACUCAGUAGGAUGGCCUUGACAUACCGUAUUCCCCCGGAUAUACGCACCGCCAGCUAAAACGCACCAUGGUGCGUAUAUCCGGAGGGGUGCCAUAUCGGAUGUGCCAAUGAUACGCACCCCCCCAUUUUCCAGAUUCUAAUCCCUAUAC